CGGCGCGCCAUACGAACGACGACUUUUCGCGCACUACGAGUCGGCAACGAAAGCCCUGAGGAAGACACGACUCGUUGGCCAACGACGGAAGUUCGACGAGCCACAAAUUACAAAAAACGUGAGAAGAUCUAUCGACAGAGGUGGAGUGGACAUCCCUUCUGAUAACGGGAUUAUUAAUUGAAUAUCGAAACGAUUUGAAGGUGAAGAGAUAAUCAUGUCGUCGUCAGCGGUUGCGAAGGCUUCAAAGUACACUUAUCGUAGCACUGGAGGUGCUGGAUCGGCUGAUGUCAGCAUCGAGUACAGUGCAGAUCUCAGUGCACUCACCAGACUCGAGGACAAAAUCCGUCUUCUUCAGGAAGACUUGGAGUCUGAGAGGGAAUUGCGUCAGAGGGUGAAGGGGAGAGAGCGACUAGGUCGAAAUGUCCAGCUCAGGCGUCUGAAUGACGAAAUUAAUGAUUUCCAAAAUGAAAAUUAGUUCGAGAUAAAUAAGAAAAGGGACACGGAGUUGCUGAAACUCCGUAAACUCCUGGAGGAUGUUCACCUCGAGAGUGAGGAAACGGCUCAUCACCUCCGCAAGAAGCACCAGGAGGUUGUUAUCGAUUUCCAAGAUCAGAUCGAUCAACUCUCGAAAGCUCGUGCCAGAGUUGACAAGGAGAAAGCCAAGUUCCAGCAGGAGGUGUACGAACUGUUGGCGCAGCUGGAGAACUCCAACAAGGAGAAGACACUUGUCAUAAAAACUGUUGAAAAAUUGGAGAUCCACGUGUCGGAAUUGAACAUCAAGAUUGAGGAGCUGAAUCGAACGAUUGUCGAUAUAACCAGCCACAAGACACGUCUGUCCCAGGAGAACAUUGAACUUGUUCGUGAAGUUCAAGAUUUGAAGGUUAACAUCGAGAGUAUUCAGUACACGAAGACCCAGCUUGCCAGCCAGCUAGAAGAUGCUCGUCGUCGUCUGGAGGAUGAGGAUCGACGUCGAUCACUCAUCGAGGCAUCUCUCCACAGCGUUGAAACAGAGCUCGAAUCAGUCCGUGUGCAAUUGGAAGAGGAAUCCGAGGCUCGUUUGGAUCUCGAGCGUCAAUUGGUCAAGGCCAAUGGCGAAGUCUCCAUUUGGAGAUCCAAGUAUGAGACUGAGGCGAACGCCAGAGCCGAGGAAGUCGAGGAGCUCAGGCGCAAGUACUCAGCACGAAUUCAAGAACAAGAGGAACAAAUCGAGACACUUCUCGUUAAAAUCAACAACUUGGAGAAGCAGAAGUCGCGUCUGCAAUCCGAAGUCGAAGUUCUCAUCAUCGAUCUCGAGAAGGCGAAUGGAACCGCCCGGGAGCUCCAGAAACGCGUUGAACACCUGGAGAAGGUCAACAUCGAGCUGAAAUCUCGUCUGGAAGAGACAGUCACCCUCUACGAGCAGAGCCAGCGUGAUCUUCGUAAUAAACAGCAGGAGCUGAUGCGCUGCAAUGCCGAACUCGAGAAGACACGGGACCUGAAGGAACAACUCGCACGUGAGAACAAGAAACUUGGAGAUGAUUUGGCUGACGCCAAGAAUCAACUGUCGGACAUGAACCGUAGACUUCAUGAGUUGGAACUCGAACUCCGUCGUCUGGAGAACGAACGUGAAGAGUUGGCAGCUGCUUACAAAGAAGCUGAGGCCGGUCGCAAGGUCGAGGAACAGCGAGCUCAGAGGCUUUCAGCAGAGCUGAGCAAUUUCCGUCAUGAGGCUGAACGUCGACUUGCCGAAAAGGACGAAGAGAUCGAGGCCAUUCGCAAGCAAACGAGCAUUGAGAUUGAACAGCUGAAUGCUCGAGUCGUUGAAGCCGAAACGAAACUCAAGACCGAGGUCCAGCGAAUCAAGAAGAAGCUCCAGAUUCAAAUCACCGAGCUUGAGCUUUCCCUCGAUGUUGCCAACAAGAACAAUCUCGAUCUGCAGAAGACCAUCAAGAAGCAGUCGCUCACUUUGACCGAACUUCAAGCUCAUUACGACGAAGUUCAGCGUCAAUUGCAGGUAACACUCGAUCAACUGGGCAUCAGCCAACGCCGUCUUCAAUCAUUGACUGCCGAAAUCGAAGAAAUCCGUGGCAAUUACGAAUCUGCACUUCGGGCGAAGAGAUGUGUCGAGCAGCAGUACGAAGAAUCGGUGAGCCGUAUCAACGAAUUGACAACAAUAAAUGUCAAUCUUGCAUCAUCAAAGUCAAAGGUUGAGCAGGAGCUUGCUGCGGUUGCUGGUGACUACGAGGAAGUUACCAAAGAAUUGAGAGUCAGUGAUGAGAGAUAUCAGCGUGUACAGACUGAGCUCAAGCACACUGUUGAGAUUCUACACGAGGAGCAAGAGCGCAUCGUCAAGAUCGAGUCCAUCAAGAAGUCACUCGAGAUUGAAGUGAAGAAUUUGUCUGUACGUCUUGAGGAAGUUGAAGCUAAUGCCAUUGUUGGAGGGAAACGUAUCAUCAGUAAACUUGAAGCAAGGAUUCGUGAUCUGGAGCUUGAGCUUGAUGAGGAGAAACGCAGACACGCCGAAACUGUGAAGAUCCUUCGCAAGAAGGAGCGCAAUAUCAAGGAAGUUAUGAUUCAAGUUGAGGAGGACUCGAAAUCAAUUUCUCUACUUCAGGAGAGUCUUGAUAAAGCAUGCCAGAAGGUCAAUCUGUAUAAGAGACAGAUGCAGGAGCAGGAGGGUAUGUCUCAGCAGAGUGUAACGAGAGUACGCAGAUUCCAGAGGGAGCUUGAAGCAGCUGAGGAUCGUGCUGACACUGCUGAGAGCAAUUUGUCCCUGAUCCGGGCUAAACACCGCAGCUUUGUCACAACAUCAACUGUGCCAGGAUCCCAGGUAUACCUUGUCCAGGAGACGAGGACUCAAGAAACACUUUAAAAACAUUUAUCACAAAAAUGCUCCUUGUUAAAUGCCUCAUCGUCAUUUUAUCAUCAUUUUUUUUUCUCUCUUGAUUUCUUGAUAAAAUCUUGUGUCAACUUCUCUCGUUUAUUCUAUUAUUUAUUUUUUAUUCGAGAGUUGUGAGAGUAUCAGUAAGAAAAGAGGCGCGAUCUUGUCCAUCAUUGAUUAAAUAUGAAACAAUAUAAAUUAUUACACAGAAUAAAACAAAAUAUAUAUUGCGAGGCAAUGAAA